CACCCAAAAGAAUCAUUUAGCUUUGCUUCUAAUUAACCUUUUUUGCUUUGAUAAUGUGCAGUUAUGCAUGAUUUACACUUAAUUCACACCGAUUUGAAGCCGGAAAAUAUUCUUCUCGUGUCAUCUGAAUAUGUUAAAAUCCCUGAUUAUAAGUUUCUAUCACGAUCAACAAAAGAUGGUUCUUAUUUUAAAAAUCUUCCCAAGUCUAGUGCAAUUAAGCUCAUUGAUUUUGGGAGCACAACACUUGAACAUCAGGAUCAUAGCUAUGUCGUGUCAACACGGCAUUACCGUGCACCAGAGGUUAUACUUGGUCUUGGAUGGAACUAUCCUUGUGACUUAUGGAGUGUUGGUUGCAUAUUGGUUGAACUUUGUUCUGUAUGUAUCUCUAUACCGUCCUCUUGUUCCCUUCUCUCCUCCCACCCCCAACAAAAGGGAGAAAAAAGGACUAAGGGAGCCUUAAAUCAAUCUUUGACAAAAUGAAUGGGAAAAAUAUUCACUACUUUUGUUUUCAAAUCAUUCUGCUAGUCCAGUUCAUAAUCCUAAUGGUGCAAUGAUUUUGUUGAUAAGAACUAAUUAUAAUUCAAGUUACCUGGAGAAGAUGUGUUAGGCCCUUGGAUUUUUAACAUAUUAUGUGAGCUAAAUUGAAUUAUCUAAGGUGUAAACUUAAAAUUGAGAUGAUUGGUUUUGAGGACAUUGGGCUUAUAUAAAUUUCUAGAACUAACCAUGCCUGCUGUAUUAUUGACCAAUAGGGAGAGGCACUUUUUCAAACUCAUGAAAAUCUGGAGCAUCUAGCUAUGAUGGAGAGAGUUUUAGGGCCAUUACCGCAACAUAUGGCUCUCAAAGCUGACCGCCGUGCCGAGAAAUAUUUCCGAAAGGGUGCACGGUUGGAUUGGCCUGAUGGUGCAACUUCGAGAGAAAGCAUGAGGGCAGUCUGGAAAUUACCACGUCUGCCGGUAAUUUUCUUGGAAUAUGCAAAAUAUGCAUCUUGAAAAUGCUUAUGGGAAUUAUAUUCUAAUACCAACCAGAUAUUGCAAACAUACUUUGCUUUGGUGCUUACAUAACUAGCGCCCACAUGAUUGUUUGCAUAUGGUGCAGAACCUAAUAAUGCAACAUGUGGAUCACUCAGCCGGUGACUUGAUUGAUCUACUGCAAGGGCUACUGCGUUAUGAUCCUGCUGAGAGGCUCAAAGCUAGAGAAGCACUAAGACAUCCGUUCUUCACCAGAGAUCUUAGAAGAUACGGUUAUCUCUUGUAAGUUCUGGUCUUUGUUUAUAAUGAGCUUUGAUCAACCUCUUGCCGUGAAGAAAAUGUAAACCAACAUGGUUUUGUGAGUGUCAUUCUAUUUGUACCAACAUUUCCGUAUAGUAAAGUGUACAAGCAUUCCCCCAAAAUGCUAUUAGCCUUUUGUUUUCUUCUUUGUUUUGCGUUCAGUGUGCUGAUCCUCAUUGAAUUGUAUCCGCCGGAGAAUUCUCCGGUGGGCCUGUCAUAUCCUCAAGAAAGCAACACGAGAAAUGUUCUUGCCGGAAGUUCUUAUUG